AUGCAGAGGAAAGCGGUUGUGAUCAGUGUCGUCGUGGGGCUCGCAGUCGUUGUGGCAGUUAUUGUGGUCGCUGUGACAGUGACGAGUUCGCACACGUCGACCGCUUCGGGCGACAACCACAAGGCACGAGACGCCGACAUUGGAUCAACGACAGAGACGCCACACACAAAAGACAAACUACGCAGUUUCAAGAGCAGUGGCUCGAGCAGUGGCUCGCUCGAAGCCGACGAAGAGACGACGGACCCCCUGACUGAGACCUAUUCCGUGUCUGCGCUUGCAAUUGGCGAUUGGGGUCGCACCAUUGCCAAAACCGGCGGCUCCUGUUGCGCCCGUCGCAAGUCUUUCACCGUGUUGGACUACAAUGCAAUGGAGUACGUGUCGAUCCUGCUGGGCCAAGCGGCUGGAGCACUGCAGCCGCGACCGUCCGUCGUCAUUGGCCACGGGGACAACUUUUACUGGGACGGCCUGCACGGCCUGACCGACCAGGCGUACCGGUUCCAGCAGACGUUCGAGGACAAGUACGAUGCGCCGAGUUUGACUGGCGUCCCGUGGGUCAACGUCAUGGGCAAUCACGACUAUGGCGGCGCGAGCUUUGUGUGCACGAACGGGGAACAGGCUGUCGAGUGUGGCUCGACGUCGGAGCUGCUGGCCGCACUGGACGACAAGUUUGCGCUCCAGUCGCAAUACGUGAGUCCCCAAGACAAUCGGUGGCUCCUGCCCGACCACUUUUACGUGCACUCGAUCGCGUCGCCCUCGUCCAACGUGACGGUUGACAUUUUCAAUCUCGACACGAACGACGCCGACUCGCACGGCGCGCAGCAGAUUUGCUGCCAGUGUUAUGGCUACUCGGGCAAAGACGACGGCUCGUGUGAAAACGUAAAGCGAGGCGACCGCCUCUGUGCCGGGGGCGACCAUACCAUGUUUGACGCAUGUAUGGACAAACUACAGGCGUGGGGGGCCGACUCGCGGCAGAAACUUGUCAAUGCUGCGAAAGCUUCGAAUGCGACGUGGAAGAUUGUCAAUACGCACUAUUCACCCUAUAACCACUACGCGCCCGGGCCGGCCGAAAAGUGGCGCAAGUUGUUGGACGGACUGGGCAUUCAGCUCUUCAUGUAUGGCCACACGCACGGCGAGAAGCACGACUACUCGGCGUUUAAGACGCACUUUAUCGAGAAUGGCGCAGGCGGUGGCAUUCAGAACGAGUCCCCGAGUGGCAUUCCGCCGUACGCUCAAGACUAUGUGGAGAACGUGUGGGCAGCUGGGCACUAUCCCUAUGGCUUUUUCUCGCUCACGCUCUCGCCGACGUGGCUGAAGGUCAACUUUAACACGUUUGACGAGCGCUGGUCGAUGACGGAAGAUGUGGAUCGUACUGUUGUUGGCGGCAUUGCCAUUAAGCACUGCUGGUACAUUCCACAGCGCGGCGGACGGGGCAAGAGCUGCCAAGAGGCGGAAGCGCAGUCGACGGGCUCAGUGUAA